UUAAUUAAUUGCUUACAGCUGUUUAUAACCAAAAAUUUGAAAUAGUUUUGCAAAUACUAAUAUAAAACUAAAAAUAUGACAAAACUAAUGGAGUGGCUUUUAGCAGUUGGAAGCGUUUUUGCAGUGUGGUUUGCUUUAAUUACGAAAAAGGUUGAAUCAUCAUUUACAAAACAGUACUUCACGCUUAUCUUUUAUUCUCCCUUAUUUUUUGGAAUUAGUUUUGUGAUAUAUGCAGCUGUGAUCGUUUUGUACCGAACGUUUACAUUUAAUAACUGUGAGGAAGCAGCUAGUGAAUUACAGAAGGAAAUAGAAGAAGCGAAAGAGGAAUUGAAUAAAUUAGGCUAUAAAGUUCCAUUAAAAGUGAAAUAGUCUGUCAUACAUAAAAAUGCUAUGUCAAUUAAUGAGUAAGUUGACUAAAAUUAGUAUUUUAAAGUAUGGGAAUGUAAUUUAAGGACUGUAAAUAAGUAUAUGUGCAUCAUAUAGCAAUAUUUUUCAUAUUGACAUAAGACAGCACAAUGAACAUUUAUGAAUACAUAAGACUUAUUAAUUU